UCCAAGGGACAAGAGUCCAAAGCACCAACUAGGUUUAAUCAAUUUGAAGUUAUGAAACAGAGAAAAUCGAAGUGUUUAUUUUAGAGAGAGAAAGAGAAAACAAUAAAACAAUUUGAUCAGCGGGUCUCGAAUUUGCUGGCAAAGGUUCUAUGGACUUCUAUGUAGUGAAGACGUAAGGAGAGUUAGCAGAGAUCUCAGAUCAGUAAUGGAGGCAGCUUUGCAUGUACAGGGACCUGUCUGCAACGGAACAAGAAACUUCUGUGACAGAAGAACCCGCUUAAAGGCUAGAGUUUCGAUUGGAUUAUUCUUCAGUGGAAGAACAAGCUCUACUUCACCAUUGUCCCCAUGGAGAAAGGAUUCUGUAGCAAUUGGGGUUUCGCAUCAUAUCAUUGCAAGUGCAGAUUUCUCACGGAGAAGACCAAGAAAAGGCCAGAUUCCAAGGCCAAAAGGUGCUCCAAAGGGUUUUGUGCCAAAAUCACGAGUUGAAACGAGCACCCAGAGGAGAGAGAAAAGUGGCAGUGAAGGUGAAGAUGGUUCGGGCACUGGCAUAUCUGGAGGGAAUACUGAACCCUGCAAAAAGCCAACAGGAAUGAAAGCUGGCUCUGAUGAAGAUAUUGACAUUGAAUAUGUGCCAGGAAAGGAACUGGAGAGAAGGGUUGAAAUUGAAAAUGAAGCUGGCAGAAUGGUAUCGACAGGCCAACUGUUACGUGCAGUGAAAAGUGAUGAAACAGAGGAAAAUGGAAGAAUUUCUGUAACAGAUGAUGAUGCAACUGACACACCAACUCCAGAAAUAUCUGCCGAGAGAGAAAUUGAGGGUGAAGUAGAUGGAAUGCUGUCAACAAGAAAGCCUUUGGGUGUACUUACAAGUGAUAGUGAGGAAAGUGGAACUGUUGCUGAAAUUGAUGAGUAUAAAACUAAAACUGAAUCGACAAAACCGGAAUUGCCCAAUCACGGUGAAAAAUUAUUGGAUCAUGACCCAGAGAUGGAAGAGUAUUCAGUUAAAAAGUUGGAGAUCGAUGCUGAUAUGCGCAGGCAGGUGAUUGAGGACCUAGCUCAGGAGAACUUUUCAAGAGGGAAUAAAAUGUUUGUUUAUCCUCAGUUAGUGAAGCCUGAUCAAGAUGUAGAAUUGUUCCUAAAUCGAAGUCUCUCCACUUUGAAAGAUGAACCAGAUGUUCUGAUCAUGGGAGCUUUUAAUGAUUGGAGAUGGAAACAUUUCAUGGUAAAAUUGAAUAAAACUCAUCUUAAUGGAGAUUGGUGGUCUUGCCAGCUUUAUGUUCCUAAGGAGGCGUACAAGAUUGAUUUUGUGUUCUUCAAUGGGGGAGAUGUUUAUGACAAUAAUGAUAAAAAAGAUUUCUUUAUACCUGUUGAAGGUGGCAUGGAUGUGUUGGCUUUUGAGGAUUUCUUGCUUGAAGAGAAAAGAAGGGAACUUGAAAGACUUGCUGCAGAGCAAGCUGAAAGAGAAAGACAAGCAGAAGAGGAGCGACGUAAAGAAGCAGAGAGGGCUGCAAGAGAAGCUGAUAAAGCACAAGCUAGGAUGGAGGUUGAAAAGAGACAGGAAGCUCUACAUCAAUUAAUGAAGAAGGCUGUAAGGUCUACUGAUAACAUUUGGCAUAUAGAGCCUAGUGAAUUUAAAGGUGGGGACUUGGUCAGAUUAUUUUAUAACAGGAGCUCGGGUCCCCUUGCUCAUGCUAAGGAACUUUGGAUCCAUGGGGGGCACAAUAAUUGGAAUGAAGGGGUGUCUAUCUCCGGAAGACUUGCCCAGUCAGAGAGAAAGGAUGCUGACUGGUGGUAUGUUGAUGUUGCUGUACCUGAUCAAGCAGUCAUCUUGGAUUGGGUUUUUGCUGAUGGACCUCCCAAGAAUGCCCACCUUUAUGAUAACAACCACCGUCAAGAUUUCCAUGCUAUUGUUCCAGUGUGCAUGCCUGAAGAAUCCUAUUGGGUCGAAGAAGAGGACCGGAUAUAUAGCAAACUUCAGGACGAGAGAAGAUUAAAAGAAGAGGCAAUACGUGCUAAGGCUGAAAUAACAGCUCGCCUGAAAUCUGAAACAAAGGCAAGAACCAUGAAAACGUUUUUGUUGUCUCAAAAGCAUAUAGUCUACACUGAACCAGUUGAUGUCCAAGCAGGAAGCACUGUGACAGUUUUUUAUAAUCCUUCAAACACAGUUCUGAAUGGAAAACCUGAAGUGUGGUUCAGAGGCUCAUUCAAUCGUUGGACCUAUCGUAAUGGUCCAUUACCACCUCAAAAAAUGUUGCCUACCGAUAAUGGUUCACUUGUCAAAGCCAAUGUUAAGGUUCCAUUGGAUGCGUACAUGAUGGACUUUGUUUUCUCUGAGAAGGAAGAUGGUGGCAUUUAUGACAACAAAAAUGGGAUGGACUAUCAUAUACCUGUCUUUGGAGGAAUCGCAAAGGAGCCACCAAUGCAUAUUGUUCAUGUUUCUGUUGAAAUGGCACCCAUUGCAAAGGUGGGAGGCCUUGGAGAUGUUGUCACAAGCCUUUCUCGUGCUGUUCAAGAUUUAGGCCAUAAUGUAGACAUAAUUCUUCCGAAGUAUGACUGCUUGAACCUUAGCAAUGUAAAGGAGUUUCAAUUUAGUCGGAGCUAUCAUUGGGGUGGGACUGAAAUAAAAGUUUGGUUUGGGAAGGUAGAAGGCCUUUCAGUCUACUUUGUGGAGCCUCAAAAUGGACUGUUUGGGAAAGGUUGCGUAUAUGGUUGCAGAAAUGAUGCUGAACGAUUUGUUUUUUUUUGCCAUGCAGCUCUUGAGUUUCUUCACCAAAGUGGAUGGAAUCCAGAUAUUUUACAUUGCCACGAUUGGUCUAGUGCACCUGUUGCAUGGUUAUUUAAGGACCAUUAUGUGCAUUACGGUCUCAGUAAAGCUCGUGUUGUCUUUACUAUUCAUAACCUCGAGUUUGGAGCUCAAUUUAUUGGGAAAGCAAUGGAGUACUCAGAUAAGGCUACAACUGUAUCCCACACUUAUUCAAAAGAGGUUUCUGGAAAUCCAGUGAUUGCUCCUCAUCUCUACAAAUUCCAUGGCAUUUUAAAUGGAAUUGAUCCAGAUAUCUGGGAUCCGUACAAUGAUAAGUUUAUUCCUAUAUCUUACACUUCACAAAAUGUGGUGGAAGGUAAAAGGGCUGCGAAGGAAGCUUUACAGCAAAGACUUGGUUUGAAAAGAGCAGAACUUCCUUUAUUAGGAAUCAUCACUCGAUUAACUGUUCAGAAAGGAAUUCAUCUUAUCAAGCAUGCAAUUUGGCGCACACUUGAGCGCAAUGGACAGGUUGUAUUGCUAGGUUCAGCUCCAGAUCCUCGCAUACAAAAUGAUUUUGUCAACUUGGCAAAUCAAUUGCACUCUACACAUGGUGAUCGUGCACGUCUUUGUUUGACGUAUGAUGAACCUCUUUCACACUUGAUAUAUGCAGGCGCUGAUUUCAUUUUAGUCCCCUCAAUUUUUGAGCCUUGUGGACUGACACAACUCACAGCAAUGCGAUAUGGUUCAAUACCUGUCGUUCGUAAAACUGGAGGGCUCUAUGAUACCGUAUUUGAUGUUGACCAUGAUAGGGAGAGAGCAGAAGCACAGGGUCUUGAACCAAAUGGAUUUAGUUUUGAUGGAGCUGACGCCGCUGGUAUAGAUUAUGCUCUCAAUAGAGCUAUCUCUGUCUGGUACGACGGUCGAGAUCAGUUUUACUCAUUAUGCAAGACAGCGAUGGAACAAGACUGGUCCUGGAACCGACCUGCACUAGACUACAUGGAACUCUACCACGCAGCUCGCAAAUGAGGCAGGUCAAACUUGUGCAUGGAGUAAGAUGAGAAAUAAAUCCGAUCCAAUGAAUCGGUUUGUACAGGCCAAAAUGUAUAUUGUAAUUGCUUUAUCAGUUAGUACAGAUGGCUGCAGAUAUUUGCAGUCCUAUAAAUACACACCUUUGGUGUCGGAUUUUCAUCCAUUCGUAGUGUUAGUUUAGAAAAAAGGCAAGUAUAAUAAUGUAGUCCAGAGGAACCAUUGGUCUUUUAGAUGAAAUUGAGUUCCUCAUGGCUAGUUCUUUUGCACUUAAAAUGAUAAAAUUGAUACAGGCUUUCCCUGGCUUAUUA